CAGGUGGGGCGAUGUUACUAUACAUUAUCCAUCCUACUAAGGCAACAAGAAUUUAGUAUUGUAGUGUCCGCAAGUGUCGACGCCAAUGUUACGCGUAAUUGUUUGUCAUCAUACGUUUUCGAAAUGUAAACGAUAGUGAAUAAUUUUAUGCGGUAAGAGUUAUACAUUUCUCAUGAUUUGAACGGUGGCACACACAUGUAAUCUAACAAUGGAUUGACGUUCGUGAUUAUACGUCAAGUUCAAUUAAAUGUCAGACAUUAAAGCAUGGAUGUUACGGACAACGCCGAUGGAUCUUUAGAUCCUCGCAUACAGAUUGAACUUGAAAAUCUGAACGAUGCAACAGAUGACAUAAAUAAACUUGAAACUGAAUUAGAUGAAGCUCAUACUGCUUUUAGACAAUUAUUAUCUGAGACUACAAAGAGAUUAAAGGAAAUUUUAAACAAAGUAGGAAACAGUUGCGUUGAGAAAGCUAGAUGUUAUUAUGAUGCACUUGAAGUAAUGCGUAAAGCUCAGAUACAAUGUCAACAACAAGCUCAAUUAUUUCAACGAGCGAGCGAAAUUCAUGCAGCAGCAAAGGAAACUGUAGCUUUAGCUGAAAGCAGAUUUAUGUCGCAUCAACAUGAAUGGAACUUUGAUCAGGCGUGGCAGGAUAUGUUGAACCAUGCAACUAUUAAAGUAAUGGAUGCAGAGAAUCAGAAAGCAGAGUGUGGUAGAGAGCACUAUAGACGAGCAGUACUGUUUCACGAUGCUGAAAAACGAUUAUUAGAAUUAGAAGAAAAGUAUCGUCGUUCUAUAAUAAAAGCACGUCCAUACUUUGAAGUUAAAGCUCAAUGUGAUCAAAUGCUAGCAACACAAAAAGAAAGAGUCGAAUGUUUGCAAAAAACAAUACAAGUUGCAAAAACCAAUUACGCCGCGAGUCUUCGUAGAUUAGAAGAAAUUAGUAAUCAAAUACACCAACAACGGCGAGAUAAUGACUUCAUAGCCAAUGGUCCUCGAGAGCCAGGUGUCGGUGCAGAAUUAGUUAGUCCACAGAAAACCUUAAAUUACGAUUUAGAAGUUAAUCAGUUAAAUGACAAUAGAAUAAAGGAUACUACAAAUAAUCAGCUUAAUACAUGUGAUAAAAUCGAAGAAUAUGAGAACGCCUGUCAAUUACAAGAAGAUAACGAACAUCUCGGGAAAAGAUCGGUUGAUGGAAGUGAAGCAAUAUCUUCUCAGUGGGAGUUAGAACUGCAGGCUAACAUGGAGAAUAUGAGCAAUUUAUCUCUUGAAAGUUCCGUACACGAUCUUGACAGUAAGAAUUUGCGAUUUUAUAAUGGGGAAAGUACAAAAUCAAGCAACUUUAUGCCAGAAUUAAGUCGAAAUUUCUUGCAGACUAAAGAAUUUUCUAUGCAUAGUUUAAAUCAGUUUCAGAAGUUAUUAAAGAAUCUGCAGACUUUUAAAAAUCCACUGACAAAUCUGUCUUUAACGACAUCCGUGGAAGGAUCAAACGCAGGAAAGGAUCAAACUUCUGAUUCUCUAGUAUUAAACAAAUGUAAAAUUAAUUUUAAAAAUAGUGUAUCAAAGUCGUUAAGUAAUAGUCCAGCAAAAAUGAAUCUAGGUAGUUUAGGGUUGAUGUCCUUUGGAAACGUGGAGAGUACAACAAAGUAUGUGCCAAAUAAAGAUUCUAAAUUUGGCCUUAAUAGUAACAAAUCGCAAAGCAAUAGCGAUAUUAAUUUACCUUCGAAUCUGGAGUUGAGUUCCAUAGGAAUGGAAACUCAUAAGAAUGACCUACGUACCGAAAAAAAUUUGUAUGAUGUACAAUUAAAUACUCAUAAUAAGACAAACUCACAGUUAAAGGAAGAGAUAGUACCAGUAAAAAAGUGGUGUAAAUCUAAUUCUUCGCAAUUUUUAUCUCAUAGUGCCAGUUUAUCCCCAAUAAAAUUAAAAGAAGUAAUAAAUAAUUCUCAUAAUUAUUGUACUAUUAAAAAGGUAACAGAAAAAACAUCAAACGUUAAGGAACUACCAUUGCUAUCGUUGCUUGAGAAGAAACAUUUCUUGACAGAUGGUAAAGGGAAAAGUUUUAGUAUGAUUAAUUUAAAUGAUAAGCACAACUUUAUGUCAUUAGAUGAUUUACGUUUAAGUAAUGCAAAAACUAUUAGUACAAAGACAUUGGAAAACUUGAAGGAUAAUUUGUGUUCUGAAAUUCCUUAA